AUGUUCCGCGCCAGCGACAUCCACGGUGCCCCCGCAGGGCCCAAGGGCCCGGCGAUGGUCGUAGGCAAGGCUGCCGCUGUCGUGCCGCCGCCCUGGGCUUCGGGCGGCAAGGGCUGGAGCGGCAAAGGAGGUGAUCUUGGGGGCGUUGGCGGCUGCCCAGGCAAAAGCGCCGCUGUGACGCCGCCUUGGGCCAGUGGCGCGAAGGGCUGGAGCAAAGGCGACAUGAUUCCGAGCCCGGAUGUUGCGCCAGCACUUCCGCUCAAUCCCGUCGUUCCAGGAGGAUACGGUCCUGCCAAAGCUGCGCAACCUCAAAUACCUCAGCCCUCUGUGUUUGCUGCUCCAUACGGCAAGGGUGGAGUUGCCAAGACGAGGCCGGUGACCGCAGGCAAGGCCUUCGUGCCAUUGCCGGUCUCCAGGCAACAGGCCACCCCGAACACGGUGAUGCUCUUGGGAGCAGGAAGUCUCCCUGCAGGCAUUGAAAAAGACAUUGAGGAGCAGGCCCGACAACUCUGCAUCCAGCACUCGUUCAGUACGCCGGAAGAGGUUAGAUACGUGUCCCAGUCCCUUGUUUUCAUAGACUUCCCGUACCAGGAGGCUUGUCGAGAGUUCUUGCGGGUCUCCAACGGCCAGCUGAAGGUACGGCAGUGGGUCUACAGAUUGCAGCACUCCUCUGCGGGCGAGGCAGAGCAGGAAGCCACCCUGACGGAAGGUGUCGAGGAGAUUCCUUCUGACACCCUGAUGGUGCGGCUAAUAGGAGAGUUGGACGAAGCCCGAAUCAAGAAGGCCUUCCAAUCUCACGUGCCGGUAGUAAAAGGCGUCCGCAUGAUGCUGGAUAGAUCGACCAGGAAGUCAAAGGGCUUCUGCUUCGUGAAUUUCUAUUCUGUCAGCGACGCCAUGACAGCCAAGAACCGAAUGCUGGCUGCGGGGUCCAUCAUUGACUCGCGCAAGGUGGCCAUCAGCUUCGCCAAGCCUCAGACGCAGGAACAGGCUCUGGAGAGCGACAUGAAUGCCAGAGCAGAGCAGGACGUGAUACAGGCCCAGGCCAACCAGGCCCUCAGCGGCGUGAACGCCGAGAUGUGGUCUUCCUACAUGCAGUUCUGCCAGGAAGAGAAGGAGAAGGAAAGCAGAGAGAAGCAGGCCCUGCUGGAGGCCCUGGAGGCGAAGAAGCGCGCCUUGGCCCUCCAGGCCCGCACCGCUGCCAGCAUGGAGUCCGAAGCCGACGGCCUGCUCCCGUAA